GGGGUCAGAGACGACAGCGCCGCCAGUCCUCCCACAGAAUGGACGCACCACACCAGGCCUGGACAUCUCUCCUCAUUACCCCAGCUACUGAAGGUCACACGCGGUCUGGAGGGUGGCACAGUGGUGAAGAUGGAACCUUUGGCAGAAGCUCUUAUUGUUGUUGAAGGUGUUAUUGAACAUAUAAAUCACAAGCUGGGGUCUGAUGCACAAGAGCAUAUCAAUGCAGAUCUAUUGUUUGCUAGAGCAGAAAGUCAAAUAAAAAAUGGUGUUACUGUGGGUGAAGCUAUCAAAUCUAUAGCAUCAAGUGUGCUGUGGGAGGUUCAAGAAAAGAAAGAUAGGAAAGAAAGUGAAGUGAAUAGGAUUAAAAGUGAACUAGAGAAAACAACAGCCGAAAUAAUUGUACAGAAAAUAAAAAGCGAGCUGGAGAAAGCCUCGGAACACUUUAUUAAAGAUAAAAAUACAAGUUUGGAGACGGACUUAAAGAAAGGUGACACGAGGCUACAGAGCAGCAGCUCCCACAUUUCAUUGUCCUCUAGCAGUGCUUCUGAAGCAGACAAGGACGCACUAGAGAUGGCAAUGGUUAUGUCUGUUGGUUGCGCUUCUAAUGCGAAUGAACGUUGGUUGCGCCUAGAGUCCACUUUUAGCGAUUCUGCCGCAAGUGACGAGGACAAUGAUAUAAGCGUGCUGACCCCAGAACCACCAAAACCUGCUCCUUUAAUAGAGCUUGAUGAUAGCUCGGACUCCAGCUCGUCGUCUAGAAGCAGUAUUUGCAUUGUUGGUAAUGUAGAAAAAGACUGUGAUAGAGACAUGCUCAUGUUCAAGGAUCAGAUUGAUGAAGAUGAUGCCAAAAGAAUCGGGUUUGCUAACAAAUCUUUUGCCGAUUUGUUAGACGAGGAAAGGUCUUUGACACGUGAUAACGAUAGGGUGCAGGAUAUGCAAAGAUUGAGGCGUGAUAAAAGCUUUAAAAAUGAUAUUAAUAAAGAUAAAAGUUUUAAAGAUAAUAUUAGCAAAGAUAAAAGUUUUAAAGAUGAUAACAUUAGUAAAGAUAAAAGUUCUAAGGAUGAUAUUAGUAAUUCAAUAAAGAGAGAACAAACGAGAGAGGAGACGGAAGUGAAUUUUAAAGAUGCAAGAUUAAACUUUUUAGGCGAGAGUAGUACUGGAAAGCAAGCAAGAUCCCUGCCAGACACCAAACAUCAACCACCGGCAGUGAGGCAGAAAACCCAAGCAGCAGCAGCAGCAUCAUUGCCAGAUAUUUCUAAAGAGUUGAAGGCAAAUGGUUUUGUCGAAGAGGAUGGCUCUAAGACAGCAAUUAUCAAUGGUGUAACCAACUUAUUGCCAGAUAAUAGAACAGACAAUGCUCAUCCCUCCGAUGUGUUAUGGCAAGAUGCUCAUUAUGUAUGUUCUUUGCUCCCCUAUUUUCAGCUGGCAGAUGUUCAUCAGAGUUUGAUUGACAAUUUUUACCAUCCUCAGCGCAUUGCUUAUGUUUUAGAAGAAUAUAUAAAUUUGGCCGUUGAUCGCGAGGAAGUUGUUCCCGAUGACGUCUUUGUCGGACUUCGGGCUGCUAAGAAAAGAUCACACGUUGAGGUUGGUGGUGCACAAGAUGCGGAAAGUGAAAAGAGAAUUAAAGUCGAUUACAAGUCGACAGACAUUAAUAAUGGUCAGAAGUUGCAAGACCCGCUAGCAUUGGGGGAUGGUUUUGAUGGUGCUCUUCCAUCUACAAGUGGUGCCAACACCUUGGCGGUUGUAAGAGACAAAGACGAGUCUAAUAAUGUCCCGUAUUCUGUACAGGAACCUGAUGUGAGAACUGGUGCUAAUGGCGUUAGACAAAUUUUUCAGAAUGGUGAACCUGUGGAACUGAAGACUGACAGGGAGAAGUGGUGUAAAGAAAAGAUGGAAUUUGUUUGUGCUGUCGUAUGUGGCGUCGAUAAAGCAAUAUUGCGAGCACAGGUUGAAAUGUGCCAUAGUGAAGCUGAUGUUGAGAGAUUAAUAGCAAGGCUAUUGGAAGAGCAAGAGAAAAUUGAAUCCAUAGCUAGAGAACAUUUGGCGUCUCUUCCUUCAGCAAUUAGUGAUCAGCCCAGCACUAGUGCCUUUCAGCCUGUUGAUAAAACAGAUGCCAAUACACAUAAACCUAAUCCAGUUGAAGAAAAUAUUGGUGAUGCCAACAUGCCUGGUACCUCUACUGAGCCUCAGUCAGGGAACGAGGCUGAGGAUCAAGCUAAUCUUGCAGCAGACUUGGAGGACACGAUUAUGGCUCAGGUGACGACGUUGUCGGAAAUGUUUGCCGAUGCCGAUCCUGAUUAUCUGCAAGAGAGGUGUGUUGGUAUCAAUGGUGACCAGGCACAGUUCCAGCUGUUGAUAGAAGAGCUCCUCAAGAAUAAAGAAUAUCCCAAGAGAGAAGAGUACAACAAGAGACAGAAACGACUGGAGAUCAGGAAGAAAUUUAUCGAGGGAAUGUCUGUUGAGGAAUUCUUGGAAUACUUUCAGGACCCUGAAAAGGUAUUUUGUGAUACGGAAAAAACGAUGAAUCCUACAUACAUGGAUAAUGCUCGUGCUCAACUGAAGCGAGAUUUGCCAUACCACCUCAUCAGGGAUAUUGAUAAUGAGCUCAGGAAACACAACUACCACUACUUGCCUUCACUCAGAGCUCUGCAGGAAAAUAAAAAGCUGAGUCGCCGCAAGACGAAGCGUACAUCUCCUGUGAGCGAGAGGGACAUGGACGAUAUAUUCAUAAAAGAAUUAUGUUAUGUCCGCAUGCAGACAGAAAUAAAGGAACACCUUUGGAAAAAAGAAGAAAAUAAAAGAAGAGCUUUCUUAUGGGCUAAAGCCACACACCAGCUACUGGAGUGCCGAUGUUGUUACGAUGAUGAGGUGCUCGAGGAGGACAUGGACACUUGUAAUGCUCCAGGCAGCAAGCACAAGUUUUGUAUCAAUUGCAUCAGAAGGUUUGCAGAAGAGGAGAUAGGCCAAGGUCGGACAAGCUUUCGAUGUUUAGAGGGUGAAUGUAAAGCUGAAUUUUCUCUCGCCACUCUGAAGAAAGUCAUGAUGCCGUCAAUUUUUUCCAACAUCCUGGAACGGAAACAACUGGAAGAAAUUGCCGCAGCAGGAAUUGAAGACUUGGUAGCUUGUCCAUUUUGCAACUUCCAGACCAUCAUGCCAAACAAAGAGGACAAAGUGUUCAAGUGUCUCAAUCCUGAAUGUAUGAAGGAUUCUUGCAGAUUUUGUAAAGAACCCAAUCAUGUCCCAUUGAGAUGCGAGGAAGUUGAAAAACAGCAUCAAAAAGAUGCUCGAACCUACAUGGAGAACCGCAUGACGGAAGCAAUGGUCAGAGAAUGUUGGAAAUGCAAAAAGAGAUUCAUCAAAGAGGACGGGUGUAAUAAGAUGCGUUGCUCUUGUGGAGCAAUGAUGUGUUACAUAUGCAAGAAGCAGAUUAAUGGCUAUGCUCACUUUGAGGAUAAACUUGUUCCAACAGACCCAACCAAGUGUCCCCUCUGGAGUAACUCUGAGAAGAUCCACGCAGAAGAGGUGCGGGAUGUUGCCGAUAGGUUGAAGCAAGAGAUGGAUCCUAAUUUGGAGCUCGUUCAUAACCCUUUGGAUGACCUGCCUGAAGUUCCCAGGCACUUAUCUGCAUCAAAAAGUGGCAUUCGAGCACCACACCCUCAGAUCCCCCCACCAGCCCACCAGCGCAGACCACACAUAAUUCCUCCACACAACCAGGGACUUCGUGCUCCAGCUGUCCACCUUCGCCCACUUCACUUAGCGCCUGUGCACGUGUUUGCAUACCCCGUGCCAGCUCCAGCAGCUCACCACAAUCCCCAUCCACCACCAGCUCACCAACAGGCUCAUCCCCAGCUUCAUGUUGCCACACCAGCAGUGGCUGUAGCUGAAGCCAAUGGCUACCAUCACCACCAUCACCAUCACCACCACCAUCACCACCACCACAUUCCCCAUGCUGCCAGGUACCCCGAGGCUGUCCUCAAUCCGCAGCCUCCAGCGCAGCCACAGCCAACGAGGGAGAAUCUCUUGGACCAAAUCAAUGAAUUUAAUGAAAUCCUGCAAGUGGUAAGGAGGAGAGAUCCUGGUGUGGUAUAUCAUGGUGAAGCUGCAACAUGGAUACAACAGAACCAGGAACCCAUAGGUCAGCAACAGCAGCAGCAGCAGCAGAUGCAACAUCACAUGCAGCAACUGCAGCAACAUCAAAAGCUGGUGCAGCAACAAUUGCAACAGCAGCAGCAACUCCAACAACAGCAACAACUCCAACAACAGCAGCAGCAGCAACUCCAACAGCAGCAACAACAGCAGCAGCAGCAACUCCAACAGCAGCAACAACAGCAGCAGCAUCAACUCCAACAGCAACAACAACAGCAGCAGCAACAACAACCACAAAAUCAAAAUCUACAAAACCAGUUCCAAGAAAAUCGGCAACAUUUAAUUAACGCCGUACCCAACCAAAAUGAGCCUCGGAAUCACCACCAACAAAACCCACCUGCUCAACAGGAUCAGGCUCGUAUUCGUCAGCAUCAACCGAACCCAAAUGUAUUAGUUCGGCAGCAGAACAAUCCUCGCCCCAAUCAGAGACAACAAAUUGAAACACUUCUUGACAAGUUUCAAGAGUUUUGUGAUAUGCUAUGAUUCUCGGCAAUUGAUAAUUGUUUGUUAAUGCUAGACAUCAAAUAUUAAAAGGAAACUGUUUAGUUGUAUCCAGUUUUCUGUCACAAUAAUCACAUUAUGAUUAUAAGUACAGUAGUGCAAUAUUAUAUACAGGAGAAAAACCUUUACAUACGUGUGAUUGCGCAGACAGACAGACAGACACAGACACACACACACACACACACACACACACACACACACACAGACACACACACACACAGACACACAGACACACACAGACACACACACACACACACACACAGACACACACACACACACACAGCAUGUGUAGAGAAAAAGCAGAGAAACUGUUACUUGUAUGGACAACUUUGACCACAAAGAGAAAGCCAGUUUUAUCAUUUAUCAUAAAAUAGCUUUCUAAGUGGUAGCCUGUGAUUCAGGUCUCUAGUGAACAUUAAAUAUUGGAUUUCCAGCAUCAACGCUGUGUAUAUUAUGGUUCAACAUGUCACGUUUCAGAGAAGCUGAAUUUAGUAAAAAUAAAUUCCUUUGUGUUUAUAUUUUUAGUUGAUGUAGAGUAUUAUGUUAUUUUUGUAUCAGAGCUGUGUGUAGUAUUUUUUUAGUCAUAAAAUAGCAAUCAUUGUUCUUAAACCUCAGGUAAAAACAGGUAUUUUGUUUAACUUCUUGUUUUUAAUAUAAAGCUGCAUGUACUAUGUGAGUGAUGGUAAGAGUGUUAGAUCAUACAGAUUACUGAACAAAAAUGUAGGAGAGUAAUGUAUGGGAAGUUUGAGGCCUCCAUGCUGCAUAGUUGAUACAUGUACAGUACACGAAUGCCAAUCCUCAAGCUGUGUGAAAUGUUUUGAAAUCCCUGAAAGAAAAGGAGGGGGGGAGGGGGUGUGUGGGAUAUGUUCAGUGUUGUCUUAAUUUUGUUAUAGACUAUAGUAGCACCAUUGGUCAGGUUGGGAAGCAGAAUUUGGACUUGUAUCUUGAAUGUUUGUUGUCUGGUGGUCACAUUUGAGCAACACACUGUGCUCAAUUUCCAGCCUUGCACAGUCUCCCAUUGUUUUUCAUUCUCAUAAACUGCAUUGAUCUUAGUGUUUGACAAUAAUUGAAUUGUGUCAGGGCAUUGCUGGUAUGUUUGAUUUGCUGUUUUGGAUCUAGAAUUAUCAAAUUUUAAUUAAAAUUGAAGUUUAAAUUGGUGAGGUCAUACUUCGUCAUCUGGCGUGAUAUUCUACAUGCAUACUGUACUCAUGUCCACUACAUAAACUGUCCACUCAAUACACAGUCAGCUAGGUCAAUAUUUGAGAAUUAUUGUCACAGUGAUUCACGAUGUUUGUUAUAGUAUGUACAAAAACCCGUUUACCAUUGUUCUGUAUAAUUUCUGCUUUAUAUUUUGUAUUAAAUUUUGUUGUUAUUAUUAUUUCCUUGUGAUUUAUGCUCUUCAAUAACACAACACAUGUUGAGAAGUGACACCUUGUAGAGUGCCAGAAUAACACAACACAUGUUGAGAAGUGACGCCUUGUACAGUGUCAGAAUAACACAACACAUGUUGAGAAGUGACACCUUGUACAGUGUCAGAAUAACACAACACAUGUUGAGAAGUGACGCCUUGUACAGUGUCAGAAUAACACAACACAUGUUGAGAAGUGACGCCUUGUACAGUGUCAGAAUAACACAACACAUGUUGAGAAGUGACGCCUUGUACAGUGUCAGAAUAACACAACACAUGUUGAGAAGUGACGCCUUGUACAGUGUCAGAAUAACACAACACAUGUUGAGAAGUGACACCUUGUAGAGUGCCAGAAUAACACAACACAUGUUGAGAAGUGACGCCUUGUACAGUGUCAGAAUAACACAACACAUGUUGAGAAGUGACGCCUUGUACAGUGUCAGAAUAACACAACACAUGUUGAGAAGUGACACCUUGUACAGUGUCAGAAUAACACAACAUGUUGAGAAGUGACACCUUGUACAGUGUCAGAAUAACACAACACAUGUUGAGAAGUGACACCUUGUACAGUGUCAGGAUAACACAACACAUGUUGAGAAGUGACACCUUGUACAGUGUCAGGAUAACACAACAUUGUAAACACAACAAAAGAAUUUGUUUGGUAAAUAAUUUGUUCACCAGGAAUUUUAUUCAGAUAUUCAUAAAUUUAUGUUUGGAAUUUGUAAGGUUUCUUAAGUAUUUAAAAAUAAUAAUAAUUUGGAUUUUGGAGUAAUUUAUGUUACAUUGAAUUAUUUAUUCGUUCAUGAUGGGCUCUGGGUAUGCUCAAUAAUUGGACUCUUCAAUAAUUAUUGCAGUCAGUUUUCUCUAAUGGAUUAUUGCUAUAUUUUCCUUUGAAAUGUUUGUUGCAAGCCUUCCCUGCCAGACUUAAUAUGGUCUCCUUUAGUAAGAACUUUGUGUCUGCCUUCAAACUCCAAUUAAAUUCUCACCACCUUUUUUUAGAGUGCCUUAGAUCCUUCUUGCAUAUUCCUCCCUCAAGUGCGAUGAGUUGGGUUGCCUUGCACCCUGGUCGCAUGUUUCUCCCUCCUGUAAUACUGGUCGGGUACCUUGCACCCUAGUCGCAUGUUUCUCUCUUCUGUAAUAUGGGUCGGGUACCUUGCACCCUAGUCGCAUGUUUCUCCCUCCCAUACUAUGUGUCUUGUGCCUUGUGCCUUGUACCCUGGUCGCAUGUUUCUCCCUCCUGUAAUACGUGUCGCGUGCCUUGUACCCUGGUCGCAUGUUUCUCCCUCCUGUAAUACGUGUCGCGUGCCUUGCACCCUGGUCGCAUGUUUCUCCCUCCUGUAAUACGUGUCGCGUGCCUUGCACCCUGGUCGCAUGUUUCUUCCUCAUGUGGUACCUGUAUGGUGAAUUCAGUGUGGUAGCCAUAUCCCAGCAUGUUUUUUUGCUCUAAUUAGUGUACUUCUGUUAGUAUUAACCUGUUAACUUUGAUGAGGAUUAAUUUGAUGGUUUUAAUUUGUAUAGAUAUAUAUUGGGCCUUAGUAAAUGUCUUGGUUACAGUGGUACCUCCGUUUUCUAAUUUAAUCCGUUCCCAGAGACGCUUCAAAAACCGAAAAUUUGAAAACCAAAACGAAUUUUCCCAUAAGAAAUGAUGUGAAUCCCUUCCACACACUCAAAAAUAUUAACUUAAAAAUACAUUUUAUACAGAUUACUACUCAUUUUUUUCAUACACAAAACAAUCAGGUAUAAAUAUGAACCAUAAGUAAAAUAAGUGAACAUUUAACUGCAUUUUACCUUUACUGAGGACUCUUGUUGGCGUGUGGGAGACAGUGAGGAGGGGGGAGGGAGGGGC